AUGGCUGUUCCCAAUCCCCAAACAAAUAUCAGUCUUCUCAAACCGAAAACACCAGGGGAAAUUCAAGAACUUAUACCCAACGAAGUAAGUUUAAGAUAUACGUUCAAGUUUCAAAUAAAUUUGUUUUAUUAGUUGUAAUUAAGAUUAAUUACAACCAAAAUUGGCAGGUGCCCAGUAAAAUAAAUUGUUAUGAAUAUUAAUAUUAGUAAUAUAUAAAUUAUCAAUAUAAAUCAACUGCUAUUCCAUAGUUUUGUACUACUAACUGCAGUAUAUGAACAACAUUGCCAUGUUACAAUUCCUCUGAAUUAGUUACUAUAAAACAAAAUCUACUUCCAUUUUGUCCUACUAGAUCAGCGAUUCCCAACCUGGAGAUAAUUACCCCCCAAGGGGUAAAACACGAUUUUUUGAGGGAUAUAAAUUAAACUAUUUUUUUUGUUUUAUGUACUUUAUAUCUAUUAUUAUUAUAUCUUCAUCAAUCAUGUGUAUUACGGUUGCAAAAGUAAUUUUGUAAUAAUAUAAUUGUUGUUAAUAGUUUUAGGGAUUACUUUAUCUUAUGUCCAAAUGACACUGAUAAUUGUAUUACCUUCAAAUAAUAUUUAUAAUAUUCUAUUAUCUAGAAUUUCUUGGAAUUAUUUGUAUUAUAAUAAUUACACAUUUUAUAUCGCAUUAAUAUACAAUUUUAUCAAUAUUUAAUUUAAUAAUUUUAACUAGUUGUUCGUCGUUCAUCGUUCAUUUAUUAGUGUACACUGUACUUGUAUACGCUAUCCACUAACGACCAGUUUUGUUGAUUUUCUGAUUAUUUUGACGUGAAGCAAGAACAUGUGAGUGAAAUAAUUUUAUUCCUUAUUAUGUUGGUUUUUGACAAUUUUCCUUUAAAUCAGGAACCACGUCACAGGAGAAUAAAUGAUCUUACAAAAUAUCUUUUCUACAAUGGGGUUUUACUAAGUUUGUUGAUAAAAGUGUUGAUAAGUCCCAAUGUAUUCUGUGCAAUAAAGUGAUUACAGCAGAAAUUAUGAAACUGAGCAAAUUAAAAGAACAUUUUAAGAGAAGUCAUUCCCAGUUUGUAGAAAAAGAUAUUGCAUUUUUCAAACGUAAAGAAGCUGCGUUAAAAAAUGUGCAUGUAGAUUCAUCUGGCUACUUUUUUCAGUCAACUGAAAUUGGUCUUGAAGCUUAG